GUCAAAAGCUGUCAAAAGUUUCCCCCGAGCGCAGUUGCAGUCGCAGGAUUUUCGUCAUUAGUUUUUCUUUCCAGCCGUUCGGUGGCGAUUUUCCGCGGAUUUUUCCACCAAAUUACCUGAUUGGGAACAGCGAACGGGAGUCGGAUCUCGGUACGGAUCAGUACGGUUCAAAUACGGUCGAUUCAGUGGCAGAAACUAGAGUGAAGUGCAUUUAGGGAGCUAUCGAAGCAGGGAAAUAUGGGAGGAUUAUUUAGCUACUUCCGUGGCCUUCUGGGGAACCGCGAGAUGCGUAUUUUGAUCCUGGGACUGGACGGCGCCGGCAAGACGACUAUCCUGUAUCGAUUGCAGGUGGGCGAAGUGGUCACGACGAUUCCCACAAUCGGCUUCAACGUCGAGCAGGUCACAUACAAAAACCUCAAGUUCCAGGUUUGGGAUCUGGGCGGACAGACCAGUAUAAGGCCAUAUUGGCGAUGUUAUUACAGCAACACAGAUGCUAUUAUCUACGUAGUGGAUUCAGCAGAUAAGGAUAGGAUAGGGAUUUCUAAGGACGAACUUUUGUACAUGCUAAGGGAAGACGAACUAGCCGGAGCAAUUUUGGUAGUGCUAGCGAACAAACAGGACAUGGAGGGAUGCAUGAGUGUGGCCGAAGUGCACCAAGCCCUCGGACUGGAAGCGCUAAAGAACCGAACGUUUCAAAUUUUCAAAACAUCAGCUACCAAAGGCGAGGGACUGGACCAGGCAAUGGAUUGGCUAGCGAAUGCGUUACAAUCGCGAAAAUAGUUUGGUAAAUGAGAGAUUUAUCUUCCUCCUCCAAAAAAACAAAACAAGAAGCAACAAAAAGUAAAUGGAAAAUGUCGUUUCCAUUCCAACAACGCUACCAACCCCCUUCAGAGAAUUGUGUGUGCACGUGCAAAGGUAUGGCUAUAAAGCGAAACAACAAACCAGCAUUGAGUAAUUUAAGGCAGAAUUUAUUGUCCCCGGUCUAUGUAAGUCCCGUUUCGUAUGAAGACAUUCAUAAUCGAUUAUCACCCGAAAAACAAAAGGAAAUGAUAAGUGUAGUGAGGGACCCAAGCAAACCGUUAGCUAUUUUUCUUCGUUAUUUUUUCGUUGUACAUCCUUGUGAUUUUCCCAUAAACAAAGCGAUCCAUUAUUUAAUUGGAAAAAUGCCCAAUUUUCUUUUUUAAUCGAAUCGAAACAAAAAAAAAAGCUCUGUGUCCUUCGCGAGCUGCAUCGUGAGAGGGAUGAAUGUAUGUAACAAACAACAACGCGUGGUGCAGCUUGCAUAGGUAACGAUGAUUCUUGUCGCAUUAAUUUAAAUUAUCGUAAAUAAAGUAGAACAUAUAUACAGA